UGUGUGCCGGCGGAGCGGGCGGGCGCCACUCGCCGCCGCCUCGGGUCGGAGGGGCCGGCGGCACCGGGCCGCGCCGCGCCGCGCCGCGCCACAAAGGCCGCAGCAUGGUCCUGGUGCACGUCGGGUACCUGGUGCUGCCCGUCUUCGGCUCCGUCCGCAACAGAGGUGCUCCUUUUCAAAGGUCUCAGCAUCCCCAUGCUACCUCCUGCCGGCACUUCCACCUGGGUCCCCAGCCUCAGCUCUCCACCGACUUCACCCUGCCUCACGCAGUGCAGCCCCAGCCGGGGCUGACCCCCCACAUGGCCCCCACGCACCAGCACAGCGGCCCCCUGCACCAACCCCUGGCACCGGUGCCAGCCCUGCCCUUCCAGGAUGUGGCCGGACCCUCCUUCCUACCUCAGGCGCUUCACCAGCAAUACCUCCUCCAGCAGCAGCUCCUCGAGGCACAGCACCGCCGGCUCAUGCCCCACCCCAGGCGGGCUCAAGAGCGCAUGUCUGUUCAGCCUCACCGUCUACACCCCAGCUUCGACUUCAGCCACCAACUGCAAACUCCACAACCCAUGGGGACCCAGCCUAGGUAUUUAGCAGAAGGCACAGACUGGGACCUCAGUGUCGAUGCGGGGCUGACUCACGCCCAGUUCCAGGUCCGGCCGGUCCCUCAGCCCUAUCAGCAUUACUUAGCUACACCUCGGAUGCACCAUUUCCCCAGAAGCACAUCCUCGACACAGAUGGUUGUUCACGAAAUCAGAAAUUACCCUUAUCCUCAGCUUCAGCUACUUGCUCUUCAGGGACUGAACCCAAGCAGGCACACGUCCGCCGUGCGGGAGAGCUAUGAAGAGCUGCUGCAGCUGGAGGACAGGCUGGGCAGCGUGAGCCGGGGCGCCAUCCAGAACACCAUCGAGAGGUUCACCUUCCCCCACAAGUACAAGAAGAGAAGACCACAGGAGGGCAAAUCUGAACAUGAGGAUGGAGAGGAGUCAGACACUGAUGAGAAAUGCACAAUCUGUCUGUCCAUGCUUGAAGAUGGAGAAGAUGUCAGGCGGUUGCCCUGUAUGCAUCUCUUCCACCAAGUGUGCGUGGACCAGUGGCUGGCCACCAGCAAGAAGUGCCCGAUCUGCAGGGUGGACAUUGAAACACAGCUCGGCUCGGACAGCUGAAAGGACUGGCUGGACACACCAUUUUCCUUACCAGGUCAUAUGGCCAUAAACCCUUGCAGCAAAAUUUCGCCUUCUGAGCCAUUUGAUUGAGAAGAAAAGUCUGCAGGCAUGUUAGUGAGGAGGAGGAGGAGGAGGAGGAGGUGGUGGUAAAAUAUGUAGUGAUAGGGGAUAUUGCACAUAUGCAGGAUACGGGCCCGGUGAAAGGGAGCUGGCAUUCCCAGAGCUCAGAGACCCCGUGCUGCAGAAGAUUUAGUGUUGAACAUGAAGGAACUAGUUGUGGUAGUCUGGCCUGUCAAUCCUGCAUUUCAUGAGGAUUGUAUAUAUACCUCUCGAAUACGUAGAAACAUGUUAGGGGUCCUUUAGCUAUUUCUAUGGAUGGCAGCUGGAGCAUGUUAGCUUAAGAAAUGUUGUGUUUGAUGCCCUACUCAUCUUGUGGUGGACAUGUUGCUGUUACCUAAUUUGCACCAAAUAUUUUUUCAUAGAUUCCUUAUUUUGGUGCCUGAUUAAUACAUUGCAGAGGGGGAAUGAAGAGGUCAAGCUUUCCCACCCUUAGGGGGGAAGAGGCGAAAAAGCAAAAUCCUGUUUACGGUCAGAAGGGUUGCGCUCUUUGCCUCAGCCAUGUGUGCUUCCUUUCCUUGCAUUUACAGUGUGUUGCAAAUUUAAAGAAGCUUAUAAAAAUAAAAUUUGGGGAUGAAAUGAAUGAAGCAAUAAGGAGAAGCUUCGUUCCUGCUUAUCUGCUGGUGCUGGACGCUUUCUGUCAGGGCACAGUAUUGGAGUAGAUGCUGUUUCUUUGCUUUCUGUAUCUUAACGAAGUAGCUUGGCAUAUUGAAAUCCAAGGAAGAGCUGUCUUCAUCAUUGCCAUUGUCCAUGAUGCUUUCUCCCGCGAGCUGUGAGGCUGGCUGGCUUCAGCAGCCAGCACUGGUGCAAAACGAUGGUUACUGGAGUCAGCUGUGCUUUGGGGUGUAAAAAUGAUGGAGGAGUGCCGAGACAUGUAUGCUGCUGACUCCUCUCCCGUGCAAAAGCACCUCGGAUAACAGGAUGGGAGAAGACUCAGUGCUCACAAGGCAUUGGUGAAGCCGUAAGCAUUUCGGUGUGGGAGGGGAUGGCAGGUUGGAGCUGGGGUUUGCUGCUUUCUGGAGGGGCUGGGUUGUAGCCCUUCCUCAAAGCACAUGCUCCUGCACCACGUGUGUUUGUAUACAUGUUUCAGGCCUUAUCCUUAUGGAGAAGUGAGUGGUUGUUCAAAUUAAACCUAAUUGCAUUAAUGCUCAAAACAGAAUUAGGAGGUAGUCCCUGAAAGAGCUGAACUGUUGCGAUCCAAGCUCCUGCUGAAAUAAAGACCUCAGCACACCAACCAUAGGGUCAAAAAAACCCUCCAGAGAACUGGCAUUCACAACCAAAAAGCUUUUUGUUCUUUUCUUUUUAAAUAACUUUUUUUUUUUUUUUUUUUUUGCAUACUAGCAGAGCAAAAGAAAGAUGCCAAGGAUCAAGGGGAAUUAGUCAGGAGCAUUAUAUAUUGAAAAUGUUGAUGUCGUGGGGAUGAUUUCUGGCUCCCCUGAGCAUCUGUUUCGCUGGAUCCAAGUGAUGCUUUCCAAGUAGAAACAUUCAUAAAUUACCAUUGGAGAGAUUAUGGGAUUCCCAUGAGCUGUAAUUGGAAAAUACCAACCUCAGGGGCACUCUGAGGUUUUUUCCCAACCUGAGGUUUUCCCAACCUAAGGUUUUUUCCGAACUGGAGAAGGGAGGAGAAGAAGGGAGGCCUUCAGGGUGCAAGGAUGGAAGAUCCCCUCUCUUGCUGUGCCCAGGCAGGUAGGAGGGAGUGGAGGGGGACACAUGGUGGCAUGUACGGAAGAUAUGAAGAAGAAAUUUUUUAUGCUAAGUGUGAUGAAACCCUGUCCCAGGUUGCCCCAAGAGGUCGUCAAUACCCCAUCCCUGGACACACUCAAGGCCAGGCUGGACGGGGCUCUGAGCGACCUGACUGAGUUGAAGAUGUCCCUGCUCACUGCAGGGGGUUGGACUGGGUGGCCUCGAAAGGCCCCUUCCAACCCAAACCAUUCUGUGAUUCAAUUAUAUAUUUGCCACCCACCUCAGGUGAUGGCUUCUUAGGGGAUACGGUGGUCCCAGCCCUGACCGAAGGGCUGCGGACUCCUUGGGUCAAGGAAUGGUCCAUCAGUACUUCUGGGGCUUGCUCCAGCAGCAGCAGAUUGAAGCAGCAUUAAAAAUAGUACUAAUAUUACUAAUAAUAUGGAUAAGCAAAGCAAGGCUUUGCUGGUAAAAUACACUGUAAGCCGGUCUGGUCUGUUGAGGCGUGAGCUGGGGGAAAAGCAGGGGAGGAAUGGGGCAACUGGGACCCUGGCUGGGUUGGGAGGGAAGGAGGAGCGCUUCCGAACCUUGCGUUUUCUUAAAGCCUAUGCGAAAGUAUUACUAUUUGCCUAAUGAACAAGCACAGUUUUUAAAAAAAACAAAACAAAAAAAACCUUGGUGAAGAAAAGCACCAAACUCCCGUGGUCUCGUGUGAGUGACUGAUCCCGAGGUGCGUGCGAAUUUACAGCGUCUGGAGUUGCAUCGGUGUGUCAGGUUCCUUUGCGUUUAAAUAAUUUGUACGAGUAGGUUGCGACAAUAGGGUGAGUCUAAAAACAAAAUGAAACAAACAACAAAAAAUCUCUAGAAACAAAAUAUUGAUAGUUUACAGGGUUUUGUGAGUUUAAAUGCCUUAUAUUUAACAAUCAUAAUUUAUGACUAACUUGUAGAUAUGGUGGGUUCUUAUUUAAUUAUUUUUAUAGUUGUUUUUUUGCAUUUUUAAUUAUAAUUUAUUUAUUUAGAAAUUAAUACUAAUUUUUUUUAUUACUCCUAUUACCUCAUUUUUGCAUUGUUUCUGGGAAUGGAAUGCUUUGCAUGCAUCGGUACUUUAAAAUGAAAAUUAAACAUGGGAUGUGGGGGGUAAUGCUUAUCUUGUCAAAAAAAAAAAAAAAAGAGAAAAAAAUCAGGGUGUGUGAUUACAAACUGUAUUACUGUGGUGCUGUUACCUUGGAUACAUUCCAUAAAAAUGCAAACCUUUGAUUCUGUAUGCUGUGACAUAGUGGAAAACUGCAAUAUAGUGACUGUGUUUAGCACAUAUAUAUGAAUAUUAUUUGCACUCAUAAUCAAACUCUGGUGAUCCUUUCACUUGUGUCCUUGCACAUUGAAGGUGACUGACGGCGCUCUGCAAAACCAAAAUGUUUUGGUCGAUUCCUGCUACCGCCCUGUCCCUGAUGCUGCUGGUGAUGCUACCGCUCCUGCUGCAUGUGUUACCCUGCAGUAACACCUGGCGGGCCCCUGCUACAAGGCUGUGCUUGGGGCAAUGCAUGUGUUUAGUGCAAGACUCUGCUAAUUGCUUCAAAAGCCGAGGAAGGAAGCCCAGGCAUGGUGGCUCUGUUCAAUUUUUGAUGCCGAUCAGUGCUCAGUCUGGUUCUUCUCACCCUCUGUGCGGGCACCCAGUUGGGCGCUGCAGGGAGGAUGAAGGAGGCGAUUGAGCCUGAGGUUGGAGGCAACAAAACUGAGGGAUUCAUUGCAGUUUUUAAGGGUUGACCCCUGGUCUAGCUGAGAGGGGCUGGGAUGGAUGUGGGAGAGAUUCAGCAUCCCUUUGUAAUGCCUGACCAUGAGCAUUUGCUAUAACCUAGCUGUGAAACAUGCAUGGAGCAGAAGCCCUCAGCACUGGUCUUCUUGAUCAGUUGGUUUCAUCCCGCCUGUUAAAGGGGCAACCUCAGCUUGGAGCUUUUUAAUCCACUGGAGGUCUGUGACCUGCACCAGAGCCCUCCUGUCCCCAGGGAAGGGGUCAGCCCCAAGCUGACAUUCUGCUCCCGCAGCGGUGGCCAAGCAUCCCCAUCCCCAGCCAUGGCCAGGCUGCUCUUACAACGCACUGCCCUUUCCCAAAAGGCUCCUGAAUAUCAAGUGCUGGAGCCUUGCAAGAAGGCUAGAGCACCUUUGCUUUGACAAUAUUUUAAGCUUUAAGCCAUAACUACUCUUGGUCAGCGCAGAUACUUGGCCAUGUAUGGGCAGAAGUGGGGUUUGAUGCAUGUGCUCAGCUAGUAGCCGUACCCCCACCCCAAAAGGCUUUGGAAGCAAUUCUCUUUUGGGUUAGAAAGACACAAAAUGACUGUACCUUAAUAUUUUUCUCUCUGUCCCUUCAGGGUGCUGCUCUGCUUUGUUGACUUUGCCUUACCCUGGGUUUAAAACCUGUCUGCGUUUUUUUCCUUGCUGCUCUGUAACACUCCUCCCCUGUAGCCUGGAGCUGCGGGUCUGAGCCGUGUGGGGAUAGAGGGUUGGAUGUUCCACCCCGCAAACACACUGUAAAAGGGAUAAGUAAAACAAGGAGCAAGCAAACAAAAAUCCUCUCCUUUAAUGGCCGGGGCUGGUUAAAGGAUCACCCACAUUUUUGUACUCCUACUGCUGUUCUGUUGUGCUGUGCAACAUUUUGCUACAUAGACUAUUUUAUAGAAGAAAGCUAGAAAAAUAUUUAUUAUUAAUAUUAAAGCAAUAGUGCAUUGAAUAAAUAAAAAGACAUUAGAAAUUGUGUAAAUGCUUAGAUUCACUUUUGGUGGAUUUUUUGUACUUUAUUUAUAACUAAUAAAACAAACUGCAUUGCUAACUAUAAA